AUGUAUUUGGUUCCCCGAACGUAUUCUCUCACGUCUGUGCAUUAUUUCUCUCAAUCUUUCUUUUCUUCUCAACGACACACCUUUCUUCCUUUCCCAAUCUCGGAACGUCGCCUACCCGUGUCCCGGCGCCAGAUCGUGGUGGGGAAGCCACGAGGAAACCGCGGGUUGUCGCGUACAAGACGCGGUCUAUCCGUGGUAGCAGCGCGCGAUCUGGUCGAAGGCGAGCCGCUCUUCUCCCUUCCCCCCUCCGCCUUCAUAUCCCCGGAACAACCCAUCACCCUCCCCUACCCAUAUUCCCUCACCCCCGACGUCUCGCCUCUUUCCGGCUGGACGGCAUUUUCCAUCCUAGCGGCGUGGAUUCUGAGGGAGAAGAGGAAGGUGGAGAGCGGUGAGGGGUCGCAAUGGGGCGUUUAUGUGCGGUCGCUGCCUGAGUACGUGCCGCUGCCGGUGUUUUUUCCGGACGAUCUGAUUCAGGAGUUCGAACUGCAAAGCAUGAUCGACCAUGUGAGCGAUUUGUUGAGUAUGUGCCCCUCUCCUCUUUCUCCCCAGGCCUUCUCCUACCGGGAGACCUUCAAGUCGGAGUACGAGCGGUGUGACAAAGCGGCUAUCAGCAAUGCGAGCCAGGAGGAGUUCAUGUGGGCCGUGGCUGUCGUCUCCUCCCAGCUGUUUGACCACCACGCCGCCAACACCAUGGGCUGGCAGACGGACGAGCAGACCGACACGAUCGUCGUCCGCAGCUACACCGCCCUGCCAGCUGGCAGCCAGCUGUACAACAGCUACGGGACAAAAAGCACCGACAUGUUCCUACAAGCGUACGGCUUCGUGCCGUCCGAAAACCCGCACGACUCGUUCCAACUCACCGCCUCCGAAGCUGAUCUCGCAGAAAUUUACUACAAGCACUACGCGAACGUGACUGUAAAGGAGGGGAGAAAGGGCAUGUUUGACCUGUGGUCGGAGUACCUUUUAAGGAGGACGACUGAGGAUGUGAGGGCAGCGAAGGAGAAGGUGGAGGAGGAGGUGGGGGUGAUAACAGGACCCAAGGCAGAUAUGUUUGGGGAGGGCAGCGAGCAUGCGGUGUGGGCAGGAGGGCAGGUGGACCCGCGCAUGCUGCACUUCCUGGCGUCACUCUGGCACGUGUUUGGCUACGGGGAAGAGCCCAACUAUGCUGGUUUGGCCCAAGCCUCAGUGUGGUUCGGCUGGCACAUCUACAGCGGAACGUGUGCUGACAUGGCCCAAUCCAUAGGCCUGACCGACCACGAGCUCACGAGCCUCCUCGCCGCAGCUGAUCUGGUUCGGGAAGAGGUUCUGCAGGCCCUGGCGAACUGGUCCACGCCUAUCGACGAGGAUCGGCGACGCCUGAAGCAGUUGGAGAAAUGCUGGUGGGUCGAUGGGAAGAUCGAGAAGGACAAUGGAGUGAAGGGAGGGAAAGUGGGAGAAGGCAGGGAAGGGGAGGAGAAGGAGGAGGAGGAAGGGAGGGAUGGAGCAGAAGGUGUGGAGCAACUGUGCACAGAAGAGGUGGUUCGAACGCUCAUGGAACGGGAGCUGGUGCUACAGUACCGUAUCGCUAAGAAACAGCUGCUGCAUGACGUUUAUGAUCGGCUCGAGGAGGGGUGCUCGUCGCUCUUGCAGUCACAGUCUACAGAAUCAGAUCCUGCAGAGGCGCCUUCGGAAGAGCCAGAAGGAUUGUUACCACCAGAGUUGACUAUGCCGGCUCCACCUUUGCCUGCAGAGCAGCAUGACGAGCUCUAG